AGAGAGAGAAAGAGAAAGGGAGACUAGACUAAGAGUCGCGUUAUAUGAAAUGGUGCUCACAUUGGAAAUGUCCAGCACAAUGGCACUGACAUGGAGAUUCCCUAACUACAAACACAAUUACAGAAACACCACCUCCAAAACCCUGUUAUUGACAAGACCCUCCAAACCCUCAAAAACACUCAUCAUCGUCUCUUGUUCCUCCACCAAUCCUUCAGCUGCAUUUCACCUGAAGAAGAGAUCUCAACAUCAACCAUCACCAUGUCCAUCUGCAAAACCCCACAGCAACUCUAAAGAAACUGGCUCUGCUCUUGAGACUUCCCAUCAGAUUCAGAGACUCAAAAGAACUUUACUUCAGAAGCUCAGACACAGAGAUUCAGAUCCUCUGCAGAUUCUCAAAUAUGAUGGAGAUUGGAGCAAAGAACAAUUCUGGGCUGUUGUCAGAUUCCUUAAACAAACUUCAAGAACCAAGGAGGUUCUCCAGGUGUUUGACUCGUGGAAGAAGAAGGAGAAAUCAAGAAUUAAUGAAUUCAACUAUGAGAAGAUCAUAGGGUUAUUAGUUGAAGAGGGACUAAUAGAAGAAGCAGUGGUGGGAUUUGAAGAAAUGAAGAGUCAUGGGCUUAAACCUUCUCUGGAUAUAUAUAAUUCGGUAAUUCAUGGCUUUGCCAGAAAAGGGAGAUUUGAAGAUGCUUUGUGUUAUAUGAAGGGAAUGGAGGAGAUCGGUCUGAAGCCAGAUACAGAAACCUACGAUGGGCUCAUUCAAGCUUACGGUAGUCACAGAAUGUAUGAUGAAAUGGGUCAAUGUGUGAAAGAAAUUGAAUCCAAUGGGUGUCUACCUGACCAUGUUACUUAUAAUUUGCUGAUCCAAGAAUUUGCACGAGCUGGGCUGCUCACAAAGAUGGAAAGCACAUAUCAAACUCUCCUUUCAAAGAAAAUGGAUCUGCAAUCUUCAACAUUGAUUGCAAUGCUUGAGGCAUACGCCUACUUUGGGAUCUUGGACAAGAUGGAGAAAGUUUAUAGAAGGGUUUUGAACUCAAAAACCUUUUUAAAGGAGCAAUUGAUCCGGAAAUUGGCUGGAGUUUAUAUUGAGAAUCGCAUGCUCUCUAAAUUAGAUGACUUGGGACUUGAUCUUUCUUCAAAUACUGGUAGGACUGAUCUUGUGUGGUGUUUGCGCAUCCUUUCUCAUGCUUGUCUUUUGAGUCGAAAAGGAAUGCAUUCCAUUGUCCAGGAGAUGGAAUCAGAAAAAGUACCGUGGAAUGUAACUGUUGCAAACAUAAUCUUGCUUUCUUAUCUGAAGAUGAGAGAUUUUAAGCGUUUGAAAGUUGUACUUUCUGAACUACGUGCUCGAUAUGUGAAACCUGAUAUUGUCACUGUCGGAAUUCUAUUUGAUGCAUGCACUUUUGGCUUCGAUGGGACUUCAGUAAAAAGUACGUGGGGAAGACUGGGACUUUUUGAUGAAGCUGUGGAAAUGAACACUGAUGCUCUAGCUCUCACUGCGUUUGGAAAGGGAAAUUUCCUCAGAAGUUGUAAAGAACUGUAUUCCUCUCUCGAAGCCAAAGAUCAGAAAAAGGAAGUAUGGACUUAUCGCCGCCUCAUCAAUUUGGUGUUUAAACGUAAUAAACAGCUUCCUUUGAUUGAACGCAGUUGAACAAAGGUGAGCUACACAUAUUAAGCUUACGAUCAUUCAUUAAGUGGCAUCAUUGAGGGCAAGAAACUGCUUGCUGGAUGAUUUUUUACCUUCAAGUGAGGUUUUCUGUGCUCAAGUCCUAUCAUGGUGGCUGACAUUGUAUUUUGUCUGGAAUAAUACGUGCUGCCUGCAUCUCUAACCUCAUAUCUCCGAUUUAUGGGUUAAAAGGCAAGGAAGAAUUUUUUUCUGCUUUCUGAAGCUAGGUGCUGCCACAGGGUUCUAGUGAAACUAGUAAUCCAAUGGAGUGACACAAAACAUUAGUUUUCCCUUUUUUUUUUGUUGGGGGGGUUGUUCAGUAGAGAUUUGGAAGGUUCUGGUGGGUAACGCAUGUAAGAUACUUGUGAAAUUACAAAUAUUGUAAGAUUCUCCUGCAUCAAAGCUCCACUAAAUAGUUCCUGAUGAUACCAUGUCUCUUAAUAGAGAUCAAGCUGAUGAAUGUACAAACUCCUUCUGUAAAUAUAAUUCCAGUGGCAGCACCGCAUGUGGGGGCUAUUCGCAGGGUGGAUCAGUUGUAUGUGUCUAAUGAUGUACAAGAUAUGUGGUUGUAGAAGUAGGUACAAUUUUACCAAUGCUGGUAUGUUGGUGGUGGCAGGUAUUGUAAAGUACUAGUCGUGGCAGCGGUGUAGGGGAGGCAAAAGUGGUAGUGUGGUGAUGAUCAACACAAUAGUGAUGGAAAUGGUGGCAAAGGUGGUGUUGGCUGCUACUUCUACUGUAUUGUAUGACUAGAUUUGUAUAAAUUAUGACAAUUUCCUAUCAUUGCAUGGAUCAUUCAUGUU